AUGCUCCGCCUUUUCACCCUACUAUGGCUGGUUUGCAAUAGUUGGAUCAGCAUUGUAUGGGCUCGUUUGGAAAAGCCGUUCGUUCCCAACACGUACCUGGUCGAAUUUGAAUCAAAAACGAAUGUCACGGAUCAACUGACUUCAUUCAAUAUAACACAUCGUGUCCGCCAUGCAUUUGAGCAUAUGAAUGCUGUAUCGUUAUCCUUUAAUACUUCUCAAGACGCUUCUCAGUUUUUCAACGUUGCCAGAUCCAAAGUGAAACGAACUUGGCCAGUGACUGCAGUUGCUCGACCCAAUGCUAAAGAGUUGCAAGUCGGGAAAAGCCAGUUCCCUAACUUGUUCAGUCACUAUCACGCUACGGGUGUGAGCAAAGUCCGUGAAGAAUUAGGAAUGACGGGCAAAGGGAUCAAAGUAGGCAUUGUUGAUACAGGUAUCGACUAUACUCAUCCUGCACUUGGUGGAUGCUUUGGUCCAGAGUGUCGUGUUGCGUACGGAAAGGAUUUUGUUGGAAACGACUAUACUGGCGAAGGUGAACCAAUACCCACUUCAGAUCCACGCGAUUGUAAUGGUCAUGGAACGCAUGUUGCAGGAAUUAUUGGCGCGAAUGAUACCGAGUUCAAUUUCACUGGAGUAGCUCCAGAUGUUAUCUUUGGCGCUUAUCGCGUAUUUGGUUGCGAUGGAAGUAGUGCGGACGACGUGAUUAUGAAAGCCAUGGAACAGGCUUACGAGGAUGGCAUGGAUGUGAUCAAUUUAUCCCUGGGCGAUAUUGGUUGGCCUGAUUCCCCAUCAUCGGUACUUGCUGAUAUCCUUACUUUGAAAGGAAUGAUCGUCAUUGCUGCAGCAGGAAACGAAGGUGGAAAAGGUAUAUUUGAAGUCGGCGCACCAUCCUUGGGACGAAAUGUUGUCUCUGUAGCAAGUACGGAUAAUACGCAAGCGCUAGCGCAUUCAAUCCAAUUUGGGGAUCAAACAAUAGGAUAUGCGACCGCUUCUGGAGACCCAUUUCCCAUCGAUGAAGCUGAAAUUGUCACCAUAUCCGACACAUUUUUAUCUGAAAAUGAUGCCUGUGCGCCAUUGACAAACAUAAACUUGUUGGGAAAAAUUGCUUUGAUUGGGCGAGGUGGAUGCUACUUUUCUGAUAAAGUGUUAAAUGUCCAGUCAGCAGGCGCAUUAGGAGCCAUUGUAUAUAAUAACGAGCCCGGCUUGAUCACGCCGUCAACCAUCGAACCUUUCCUUCUUAGCUGCGGCGGUGUAUCUAAAGAUCACGGCGAGCUGUUAUUUAAUUAUGUCCAAAACAACCCUGGGUCGAUAUACCGAUUUUCAAAUGAGGACAUUAGCUUUCCAAUUGACACUGCAGGGACAAUGAGUGCCUUCAGCUCUUGGGGACUUGCGCCCGACUUGAGCAUCAAACCGGAUCUCAGUGCACCUGGAGGUCAAAUAUAUUCAACGUUCCCAACAAACCGAGGCAGCUAUGCAACAUUAAGCGGAACAAGCAUGGCUAGCCCACAUGUCGCAGGGAUUGUUGCUUUGCUUCAACAGGCACGAGGAGGCAGUCGAAGCAUUAGCGUCAGCGAUUUACGAUCCGCGCUGAUCAGCAGCAGUGUUCCCUUUAACAUUUACAACACCACAGCGUUAGAUUCUGUCGCCCGGCAAGGUGGCGGGCUAAUCGAUGCAUAUCGCGCUCUGCGGAUAACUACCAAAGUAUCCCCGCAACAGUUGCAGCUCGGUGACCUGGCACAUGCCUCGCCCAACAAUGAAUACACAUUUACGAUCCAUAACAACGGUCGCAUGGCUGCCGACUAUACCAUUACCCACCGUGCAUCCGGAACAGCCCAAGGUUACAAGAAUAAGGAUCUUAUUGGUAGUCAAAUCCCAAUGAAAAAACCAGAUUUGCUUCUCGGUCAUCAAGUAGAAGCAAUCAUUGAAAGCAUAACACCUGAAAAGGUGACGGUCCCUAUUAAUGGAGCAAGCAACGUAACUGUUCGUAUUAAACCUCCAGAGAACUAUACCGUCAUGCCGCCAUCUAUCUAUUCUGGAUUUUUCGUGGUGACCAAGGACAACGAUCCGUACGAUAUUUUGCAUGUUCCAUACGCUGGUCUCACAUCCACAUUAGGCGAUCUUCCUGUGCUGUACAUUAACGAAACAAUGCCAGAGGUGCUUGUAAAUCGCGUAGUCGGACCGCUUUCACCUGCUUUAAUCAGGCUCCAGUUGAUCCAUCCCUCACCUUUAGUCCUAGUUACUGCGCUCGACGAAUUCGAUCGCCCCGUCGGCAUCAUCCCUGGCGGAUAUUGGUCUUUUGUGGGCCGACACGAUAUAGGCAAUAACAAUGAUGCGCUUAUGAUGACUUGGAAUGGUGAUAUUGCUGCUACCCCUGAGCAAGCCAUGGCUGUACAAAGCAAAUCAUCGUCCACCACAGUCGAUCUUGCAGUCAAUUAUCCAGCACUUUUCCGCGCAAUGGACCAUCAUGACAUUGAAACGGAACAGCAAGAAGAUCGUGACGGGAGCGAUGAUACGGCUAAUUUGGAGUACCAUUCUCAGUCGAUUAAGCUUCCAGGCAAGCCUUUGCCAAGAGGAGUGUACAAACUGAAAGUGAUGGUUUUGCAUGCUUUUGGUGAUUAUCAAAAUAUGGCAGACUAUGACACAUGGACUUCGCAAAGUAUAUAUGUAGCGUAG